GCUACCAGGUAACGGGUGUCUUUAUGAAGAACUGGGACCCCCUGGAUGAACAAGGAGCUUGCUCCAUUGAUAGAGAUUGCGAAGAUGCUUACCGAGUUUGUCAGAAGCUCGACAUUCCUUUUCACCAGGUUUCCUAUGUGAAAGAAUACUGGAAUGAAGUAUUCAGUGACCUCUUAAAAGAGUAUGAACUGGGAAGGACUCCUAAUCCUGAUAUCGUGUGUAACAAGCACAUCAAAUUCAACUACUUUCUUCAUUAUGCAAUGGAUAACCUGGGAGCGGAUGCAAUUGCUACUGGGCAUUACGCUAGGACCUCACUAGAGGAUGAGGAAGUGUUUCAACAUAAACAUAUUAAAAGACCACAAAGGCUUUUCAGAAACCGUUUUGAAGUUAGAAAUACUGUGAAACUCCUUCAAGGGGCUGACCUCUUUAAGGACCAGACCUUCUUUCUCAGUCAGAUCUCACAGGAUGCUUUGAGGAAAACCAUUUUCCCUUUAGGAGAUUUAACAAAAAGCUUCGUAAGGAAGAUAGCAGCGGAGCAUGACCUUCAUCAUGUGCUAAAGAAAAAAGAGAGUAUGGGAGUCUGUUUCAUUGGUGAAAGAAACUUUGAAAAGUUCCUUCUUGAGUAUUUAGAACCUCAACCAGGUAACUUUGUUUCCAUUGAGGAUAAGAAGGUGAUGGGAACACACAAAGGUUGGUUCCUCUACACAAUAGGCCAGAGGGCUAGACUAGCCGGCCUGAAGGAUGCUUGGUUCGUUGUAGACAAAGAUGUCAGCACUGGAGAUGUCUUUGUGGCACCAUCAACAAAUCACCCAGCUCUGUACAGAGACCUAUUGCGGACUAACCGAGUGCACUGGAUAGCAGAGGAACCUCCUGCGGAGCUCAUCAGAGAGAAAAUGAUGGAAUGUCAUUUCAGGUUUCGACACCAGAUGGCAUUGGUGCCUUGUGUGCUGACUCUAAACCAAGAUGGGAGUGUGUGGGUGACACUAGUGAAGCCAGCAAGAGCUAUUACACCUGGGCAGUUUGCUGUGUUCUACAAGGGUGACGAGUGCUUGGGCAGUGGGAAGAUCCUAAGGAUGGGCCCCUCGGUGUACACCAUGCAACAGGGCAGAAAGCGGGAGGAGCAUCCAAAGAAGGGAGAGACUGACAAGAUAGAGCCAGCAACGUAGCACAUGGGUUUGUUUAUUGAAGGACUUUGGAUAAUUUGUUGCCUGAGAAUAAUAAAAACAAU